AUGGGGGAGAAAGGCACAACAUGUCCUAUUACAGACACAGUUGUUACUGCGACAACGAGCCUAAGACCGACGGUACCAGAUAGACAAGGUUUUCAGCGGGCGCUACGUGAAUAUAAUCAGAGUAUUAGCGAAACUAUUGGAAAGAUUGAUAAAAUUAUCGGAAGGAACAAUACUGUUGGGACUUUGAACAUAUUAAAGCAAAGCAAGCAGGAACCUCGCAAAAGAAGAGAGCAGUUGAAGAUUGAGGCUGAUGGAAUGAAAACUGAAAUUAUUGAAAUCAAAAAGCUGCUCUCAGAAAAAGAUGCGUUAAUAUCCGAUAUAGAAAAUGAUCUAGUCUACAGGGAUGAAAGCAAAUUAACAACACGUUUGGAAGAGUUGGAGAUUGCAUACUCUCAAACGAAAUUUACUUCUAGUCGUACCGAAAAAGCGCUAAUCAAGGAAAUCGACAAAUUAAAACGAAAUCGAGCUAAACUAGCGCAAGUUUAA